AUGGCAGAAAUUUUCAGUUCGAUCCCUAUACUAGAGUAUGACGAUGCGGUAUCUCCUACAUCGAAACCUAGGUUUCUAAGUGCCCUGAGACAUGCUCUUGUUAGCGUUGGAUUCUUUUACCUUCGAAAUCCCCCGAUAGAAGUCGAAGCUCGGGAGGCCCUCGUCCAAAAAUCUGCUUUAUUCUUCAAUCUACCAACGGCCAAGAAACAGGAGGUGGCUAUAUCCAAGAGUAAACACUUUCGAGGGUACGCUUCCUUGGCAAGUGAAGAAACAGGGAUGAAGAGCGAUGCACGGGAGACAUUUACAGUUUCCUUCGAUUCCCUAGCACCAGGUCCGGAUGCGCCAAAUUACCAUAAUCUAAUUGGACCAAACCAGUGGCCUCCGGAAUCCACUGUUCCAAGCUUCCAACAAGCAGUCGACACAUAUAUGCAUCAGAUCCAAUCAUUAGCAGAUACCUUUGUGAUUCUGAUUGCAGAGGCGCUGGAGAUAAAUCCCACCGUAUUCACCAGAUUAUUGGAAAAAACCCGUUAUAUCAACUUUCGGGUCGCUGCUUAUCCUUGCCCCAAGGUCUUCGGAAAUACAGAAGGGGGGGUUCAAGGUGUCGGCGCUCACAAAGAUGGUAGCUUUUUAACCUACCUUUUACAAGGCACAGACCACUCCUGUCUGGAGGUUCAGAACAAAGCUGGGGAGUGGAUCACUGCUCCACCUAUUGCAAACACGCUGGUCGUGAAUAUUGGUCGAUCACUCGAAAACCUGACUCAGGGAGUUUGUGUUGCUACCACCCACCGUGUCAUUCUGCAACCAAGGCAUUAUUGUCGUGAAGAAUCGGAUACUUCUGCUGGUCUACGUCUAAGUUUCCCGUUCUUCCAAAGUUUGGGUCUAGAUGUUACCAGAGAGGAUAUGCAAAUCGAAUUGCCAGAUCAUAUCUUAUCCUUACGGGGAGACAAAGGCAAUUCAGAUGUAAAUGCGUUCCUGGCAGAGAUUUACAAGGGCACAAUUGGCGAGGCUCUUUUGACAAACUAUAUAGCCAGCCACGCAGAUACAGGGUUGCGAUGGUAUCCUGAACUUCAAGCCGAGAUCCUGGGAAGACAACACAAAGCGGGGCAAUCUGAUGAUUCCAAGGUCAGUGAAAGGGCGUGAGCAUUUUUAUUUGACUUCGCAAUUAGCCCUGAUCAGGGUCGCGAGUCGUCAAGUUCACUUUGACUCAAACCACAAAGCCGGUCGAGUGUAAACCAACGUGGACAAAAUGUCGGAAUCCGG